AUGGAUGGAUGGACUGUUUUCUGGAACUGUGGCGACUGCAGCAGUGAGGAAAAAGUGAUGCUUGUGGUUGUAACAGGUGUAACCAAUGAAGUGAUCGCAUGGGUGCACAGGUGUACCGGGGCCGCCGCCGCCGCCAGUGCGCUUGCGCCGGGGCGAGGCGCGCACAGAGAAGCUAUUGUUAGCCAGGCAGGCCGCAGGUUGCCUUUCUCACCACCGCACUUUAUCCCCGGGUACCUGUUGGUCGUUCGCCGCCGUCUAUUACCCGCAAAACUCGACGCUUCGGACUGGGCCGCUGCCAGGUUCAAAUGUUUUAGCGGUCUGACGGGCUACCCGAGACGCACAAAAAUGCCGCUGGCCCCGUGGAGGAAGAAGAACAAGUCGACCAGGGAGCACUUGGUGGACAACGAGGAGGUCGGCGGCGGGCACCACGCAGGUGCGGCGGGCUCGCUGCUCGCCUCCGGAGGCAACAAGUCCGCGGCGAACGGCGCCGGAGGACUUCCGCCGCCGCCCGCCAACCUGCGGCCCAAGCUGGUCUUCCACACGCAGCUCGCCCACGGCAGCCCCACGGGUAGAAUUGAAGGCUUCACUAACGUCAAGGAGCUGUACGCCAAGAUAGCAGACGCCUUCAAUAUCAGCCCACCGGAGAUCCUCUUUUGCACCCUCAACACGCACAAGAUCGACAUGGACAAAUUACUGGGCGGCCAGAUCGGCCUGGAGGACUUCAUCUUCGCCCACGUCCGGGGAAUCAAGAAGGAGGUGGAGGUGUUCAAGUCCGAAGAUGCGCUGGGCUUGACCAUCACCGACAACGGGGCGGGCUUCGCCUUCAUUAAGCGCAUCAAAGAGGGCAGCGUGGUUGACAAGGUGAAGGUGAUCUGCGUCGGUGACCACAUCGAGCGCAUCAACGGCCACAAUAUCGUGGGCACGCGCCACUACGAAGUGGCCCGCAUGCUCAAAGAGCUCCCCCGGAACGAGACGUUCACCCUCAAGCUAGUGGAGCCCAUGAAGGCCUUCGAAAUGCUGGAACCGAGGUCCAAGGGCGCCAAGCCCAGCGCCGACAACAAGAUCGGGAACGGCAAGGGAACUCUGAGACUUCGCUCCAAGGGCCCGGCAACGGUAGAGGACGAGCCGACAGAGUUUGAGGAAAAAGCAGUGAAAAAGGUGGACGACCUGCUGGAGAGCUACAUGGGCAUCAGAGACACUGAACUUGCGGCCACCAUGGUGGAGGUGGGCCGUGACAAGAAGAACCCAGAUGAGUUUGCCAUGGCGCUGGACGAGACGCUCGGCGAUUUCGCCUUCCCGGACGAGUUUGUCUUCGACGUGUGGGGCGCAAUCGGAGAUGCCAAGCAGGGAAGGUUCUAGGUCGACACUUGCCCUCCACCCACACUCCAGAGGAAAAAAAACAAAAGAAAUAUACAACCGAGUCCGGCUCGAUGUGCACAGGACACUCCUCCUGCCUGAACGCUAAACGUGGCUGUGUCAUUUUUGUAAUACUGCUUUUUUAGUUGUUGGUUUUUUUUUUUUUUUUUUAAAUGUAUACAUAUCAGGUGAUCAUGCUGAUUAUAUCAGCUGUAAUUUUAGAAAUUUCUUUCCAUGUUUUUUGUUUGAAAGGGGGCACAUGAUGGAAAGUGGACUUUUUAAUGACUUGAACAGAAAUGGUUGGGUCAAGUGUAUAAUUCAAGAACCAAGUCGAUCUUUUGUCAUCUUCCUGCUUCACAAAAUGUGUCGACUCAGCGGAUUUACACGACCCGGCCUCCACGCCGAUUUUUCUCCGUCCGUGACUCUGCAGCUAGGCUGGGUGAAGAUACGUCACGUUCAAGCAACGGCCAGAUCACACAAUGUCAAAGCCAGUUGCUGCAGUGUUGUUUGAAACGCACGUAAUCAUUUUAUUGGCUGAUAGCGUUAAUUGACCAGCCUGGUGAUGAAGUAGAGCUUCCGAGAGUGAAAGUGCACUGCAAACUUUUACUGACUGGUCACUUUUUGCUCUCCAUACUACAGCAAGGCCUAGAUGCAUACGCCUACAACUGCACCCUGUUGUCAUUUCGAGUGAAAUCCGAAAGCGUUGGCCCGAGAGUAGAGGAGGGCAGGAUGAGCAGUGGACAGCCUCCUCAAAACGGUGAUUUCAUUAGGGCAAAAGUCUGCUGUAACCGUGGCUCUUUGGGCUAUUUUGGCAAGGAUGUGUUAAUACAACACCAGAGUACUUUUUAUAAAUUGUGAAAAAAAAAAUAUUUUGAAUAGGUUACCACGUCAGAAGACCUUUUAAGUGGUAAGUCUACUAUUUUGACACAGAAAUUAAAUAAAAGGCACCUGUGAUAAGCUCUAAUCAAUACAUCGCUUUCAUUUAUUACCUGGACAUGUUUUUAGCUCAAG